GCUCCAGCUUGCUCUGGGCUCUGUUGUUGUGCAGAGCUGCAGAAGGCCUGAUAGAGCCAGCUAGACAGAGAGAGAAGGAAGGGAGAGAUACAGAGACAGAGACACUGUGGGUCCAGAGCUUGUGUUUUCAUUUCAUCACCCAGUUCAACCAGCGACACCAGAGAGGAAGGGGACAAAGGGAAGAGGAGGACAAACAGGAACUUCAGUGACAGGGAAAGUGAAAGACAGGCAAGGUGAAGGAGGAGAAGGAAGGAAGGAAAGGGAGGGAGGAAGGAAGGAGGCUGGGGCAUGAGGAGGGGCGCCUGACUGACAUUGCUGCUCUUGCUAUCAGCUCACACACACACACACACACACACACAUACACACACACAAACCAACGUAGGUAGACACACGCACACACACACUCUGCUGGAUUGUGCACUGCACAGUUGCUGCUCUUUUUUUAAUUCCUUUGCGGAGACUUGUCCUCCAUCCUUUCUUCUCCUCUGAGCGAGAGGACAAGAGAGACACAGAGAGAGGAGGAGGAGGAGGGAAAAGGACGAGGAGGAGGAGAAGAAGGAGGAGGGGAGGCAGUAACCCUCUCCUCUCCUUUACUCAGACACAGCAGAGAGAGAUAGGGAGAGAAGAGUAAAAAAAAAAAGAGAGAAGGAAGCUUUCUGUUCUAUUUCGCCGUCUCCUGUGGUCCCUUGGCCAGCGAGCGGCUAACAGGCACCGCUCAUGUCCGUGAACUCGGAGAAAUCCUCGUCCCCCGAAAGGCCUGAGACCCAGCAGAAAGCCCCAGUGAGUGCCCCUCCUCCCCCGCCACCCCCUCCGCCUCCGCCUGAGCCGGCAGGGCCUCCGGAGCCGGAGGAGGAGAUCCUGGGCUCCGACGAUGAGGAGCAGGAGGACCCCGCAGACUACUGCAAAGGAGGGUACCAUCCGGUGAAGAUCGGGGAUUUGUUCAAUGGGAGGUACCAUGUGAUCAGGAAGUUGGGGUGGGGCCACUUCUCCACCGUAUGGCUGUGCUGGGACAUACAAGUGAAGAACUUUGUGGCGAUGAAGGUGGUGAAGAGCGCCCAGCAUUACACAGAGACGGCCCUGGACGAGAUCAAACUGCUGCGAUGUGUGAGAGAGAGUGACCCCAUUGACCCCAACAAGGACAUGGUAGUCCAGCUGAUAGAUGACUUCAAGAUAUCUGGAGUCAACGGCAUACAUGUGUGUAUGGUGUUUGAGGUGCUGGGUCACCACCUGCUGAAGUGGAUUAUUAAAUCCAACUACCAAGGUCUGCCUCUGCCGUGUGUCAAGAGCAUCAUCAGACAGGUCCUGCAGGGUCUGGACUACCUCCACACAAAGUGUAAAAUCAUCCACACGGACAUAAAGCCAGAGAACAUCCUGAUGUGUGUAGAUGAUGCUUUUGUCAGGCGCAUGGCGAUGGAGGCAACCGAAUGGCAGAAAGCUGGAGCCCCGCCGCCGUCCGGAUCAGCAGUUAGCACAGCCCCUCAGCUCAAACCGGUGAGUACAACAGAUGUGGGGAAGAUCUCCAAGAACAAGAAGAAGAAGCUGAAGAAGAAACAGAAGCGGCAGGCAGAGCUGCUGGAGAGGCGGAUGCUGGAGAUUGAAGCCCUGGAGAGAGAGGCCGAGAAGAAGGAAGAGAGAGCCAAAGAAGGGGGGGAGAAAGGGGCGCUUGAACACAACCGGUCUUCGCCGCUGCAGCCACCGCCACCGGGUCCCAGCAUGGCCCUGGGAGAGAGCGACGAGGAUGACGAUGAUGAGGAGGACGGGGAAGACGAGGAGGAGGAGGGAGGAGAGAGGGAGAGGCCCAUUAGGUUGACUAAUCAUACAUGCGCAGCACCUCCCCAGGAGCAGAGCGAGGUACCCCACAUCACUGAUGGCGACCCCGACGAGGAGGAGGAGGAAGACGACGACGAGCCCACACCUGUCGCUGAAAAAGAAGCCCCCAUUCCUCCCACCUCGGAGGAAGGUAGUGGAGAGCCAACACAAGCAGAUGUGGAGGAAGAGGAGGGGGAGGAGGAGGACGAGGAGGAGGAGGAGGAAGAGGCGGCAUUGAAAGGAACAGAGGAUGAGAAUGAGGAAGAGGAGGCGGAAGAGAAGGUAGAGCAGGAGGAAGAGGAAGAAGACGAGGAGGAGGAAGGGGAGGAGGAGAAAGAGACUGAAAGAGAGGAGAAUGCAAAAGAGGAGCCAAAGAGUGAGAGAAAAACGGAGAAGGAGGCAGUGGUGGAAGAGGAGGAAUCAAAGGAGCAGGAGCAGGGGGAGGAUGAGGAGGACGAGGAGGAGGACGAGGAGGAGGAGGAGGAGGAGGAUGAGGAGGAUGAGGAUGAGGAAGACGAUGAUGACGACACGACCACCGACCUCGUCACAGAAAACACGUCCCCUAUCAAACCCCACAACAACAAAACCAAUUUGGCCAAAACCAACGGUCACGUAUUGUUGGGUUCUGAGGGACUGAAACCGAACCCUGGCACCCCUCCGCCCCCCUCGCCCACCCCCGAGCCCCUCCUCUGCCCCCUGGUGGAGUCUGAGCUCAGCUACACAGACAGGGACAACUCUCUCAGCUCUGGUUAUGAGAUGUAUAAUGGCGAGCUGUGUGAACCGGGGUUGACCAACGGCUCCAGCGAUCGCCAUCUGGGCACGAUGCCCCUCUUCCCUGACUUGCCCCUUGAUCCUGAGCCGGGAAACCCCAUGCCAGUUGGGACGGCAGACAUCGGAGCAGGACCGUCGCCCAACAGCCCCGCUGCUGACCGCAGUCGUACUGUGUCAUCCUCGAGUACGGGAGACACCCCCAAAGUCAGGGCCAGAGCUGCAGACCUGCUGAUCAACCCAUUAGACCCACGCAACGCUGAGUCUAUUCGAGUCAAAAUUGCUGAUCUCGGAAAUGCCUGUUGGGUGCACAAGCACUUUACAGAGGACAUCCAGACGAGACAGUACCGUUCCAUUGAAGUCCUGAUAGGAGCCGGUUACAGCACUCCCGCAGAUAUCUGGAGUACUGCCUGCAUGGCGUUUGAGCUGGCAACCGGAGAUUACCUGUUUGAGCCCCACUCUGGAGAAGACUACUCCCGUGAUGAGGACCACAUCGCUCUGAUCAUGGAGCUCCUUGGGAAGGUCCCACGCAAAGUGGUCGCUGCCGGGAAGUACAGCCGAGAGUUUUUCUCCAAGAAAGGUGAGCUGCGGCACAUCACUAAGCUGAAGCCGUGGUCCCUGUUUGACGUGCUGGUGGAGAAGUACGGCUGGUCGCAUGAAGACGCCGGACACUUCACUCACUUCCUUCUGCCGAUGCUGGAGAUGGUGCCCGAGAAGAGAGCCUCGGCCGGCGAAUGCCUCAACCACCCCUGGCUCAACUCGUAGCCACAAACUCUGAUCAAACAUCCUCCUCCCCUUGUCCCCCAACAGUUAGCCCACACAUCACCCCCUGGUGGCAGCCUGUGGAAAAACAGUACGGAGAGAAGCUGGAACAGUCAGAGUAGAUGAGAAAGACUUCAUCUUUCCUGCCCUAUCUCACACAUGCACCCUUACAUGCUUAUCUGACAAUAGGUGUAACUCCUACACAGCUCCCUCCAUCUCUUCCAAAAAGGAAUGUAAAGACAAGCUUAUGGAGAUAAAUUGACGUAGUAGCUGUGUCUUCCUAAACAUCUCCCGAAAAAAGAUUCAGAUCAUUUGAGGAUGGAUGCUGCUCACACCGUAAGAGGGAGAAGUCAGGCUCUGUCCAAAAGACAUGUGCUAUCUUCUUCUCUUCUGCCGUCAAGAUGUCAGCCAGUCCUCUCCAUCUACCCACCUAUCUCCUCCAAAUUUUCAGUUUAACUUGUUUGGAUCCAGUCUGGGGCCACUGACAGCUGCUGAUCUUUUCAGUGACGUGAAAGAAAAAGUCAACGAGAAACCCAGCUGCAGCGCAGACAGCCCAGAGCUCCAUCUUCCAUGACCUUUUACAUAGCCAGGGCCUCAAAGACAGACAAAUGUGUGUGUGCGUGCGUGUGUGUGUGUGUGUGUGUUAUUGUGUGAGAGAAUGAGCGUAUGUGCCUGUGCACAAGAUCUGCCUACACAGACCCUUUUUUCCUCUCUUUCUAGACCAGUAGCCCCGCCUUCCCUCCCUCACCCUGCUGUGGAAGAAGCACCCACAUUGGACUAAAUGUUUACACCCUCAUUUCUUCCAAGAAUCCAGUCCCAAAAACUUCUCUUUACCUGUUUGGUUCCCCACUUCCUCCCCCCUUAAAUGAGCUGCAUGCUCCUGCUGGGGGCCACCACAGAGAACUGGAGGGCAGCCAGUCCUCCAGGGGGCACCACACUGACAGUUGCCACUCUGACAGAGACAGAUAGAUGUCCGGGAUGAGCAAAAAAAAAAACAAAAACAAAAAUAUAAUCCAUUUAAUAUGGAGGAGGACUGCUUGGUCUUUAAAGACUAUUUUUAAAAUGCAUGGAGAGACUGAUGGAUCAGCAUGAACGGAUAUGACAAAUGGACGAUGGAUGCAUUAUUUUAUUUGUGCAUUUCGCUGUUUUUUUUUCCUGUUUCAUCCCCUCUUUUGGACAAUCUGUUAGACAGAAUUAAGUUAGGAUAUUUUGGUGCCCCUCUGAGGAAGGUCACUGUGUUACAACCCCUUGCUCCUUCAGAUUUUGACAUUCCUAAAUCUUGGUCCUCUGCCAUCAUUCCUGACUUUUAGUCCCCAGAACAAUUCUGUUGAGUCCUGCUGUGGCACGUUUACCUGAUUUGAUUGGUACUAUUCCCCCUUUUUUCCCCUUUAGAGGGACCCUUUGAUCCCUGAGCUUCUCCAGAAAGGGGAUGGUCACAUGGAGGUUGCACUUGUCUUUGUAGAUGUCCUUCAGGGAUUUGAAACCUUUGUACAUAGAACUGAGAUCUGGCAACGCCGAUAAGCGACCGUGGACAAAGUUUCAACACACAAGCAUCAUUCCAAAAACACAGAGGCUGUUGUUGGCAGAACUUGACUUCCUCUGGUACAGUGAGAGGGGGGGGGAGGUAACGGCCGCCAUAGCUCGGUCCUGGAGGAAUGUUCAGACUGAAUCGUGCCACCCAGUGGCUGAAUGAGAGUACUGCAUCGCCACACACUGCUGCUGCUCUCAGUGCCAACGCUCCAAGACGUUCCACUAUAUCUCUCCACUUAAUCUCUGUUUCUCUGUCACACACAGACACACAAAAACUCGCAUCAUCACGAUUAGUCCAGUUGCCUAUUUUUCGCAAUAAAUGAAAAAAAAGAUGAGUAUAAGUAAAUGGUGAGAUAUUUUUAAAAACUAUUUAAUUCAUUAAAAAAAGAGGAAAAAAAAAGAAAACAACUUUUCUCUGGUUGUUGUGACUGUGACAGAAUCUCGUCUUAUACUGAGGUGAUUGUGUUUGUCUAUUAGAGAUGUUUUUAUUUCUUUUGUCAUUAUUACUAUUAUUAUUAUUAAUUAUAAUUAUUAUUAUUAUUGAAAAGAUUUUUUUACACAGUUGUCACCUCUCCCCUCCCUCCUUACUUGAACAGUGCUGCUCUGUCUGGGCUCUGAUGGUGAUGAAAAAAAAAUCAACAGUUUUGCAAUAAAGGGUAUGUGAUGAGUUUUUUUGCACCAAAACCUCCUGAUCUCACUCUUUCAGCCAUGCUGACUGUUCUUCCUGAUGACAUUGACAGAUUCGCGUCUCUUGUCUGUGUUUUUCAUUGACAGAUUUAAUAAAAUUGUAAAUUAAUGGA